ACUUAAUCAACAAACAUGGCGUUCGAGGCACCAAGGCAAAAUUUGUUUUUAAGCUAUUGGUAAGGUUGCGCAAGCGAAUAAACGACUGCUGUCGCAGAUCGCAGUGCCAUCUAUAACGACGUAACGGUCGUACCGGCGGUUGCAAGCACGUGUCUGAAUUUACGUUGCCAGAUAAACGAGAUAAACCACUUGUUGCCUGUUCCCUUAGCUACGACGACGCGUUGUUGCAGUCUAAAGGCGAGGACCUGCAACUUCCGACGCUGUCGUGGGAAAGGGCGACAUGUCGGAACGAACGUUAAUAAUCGACACCGAUGUGGGCGUGGACGAUGCUCUGGCCAUCAUUUUGGCCCUCGCCAACCCCGCCAAGUGCAAGGUCCUAGCGAUCACUUGUGUGGCCGGCAACGUGGAGCUCUCCAGGGUGUACACCAACGUCCUUCGGAUUCUCAACCACUGCAAACAACUACAGAUACCAGUCUACCAUGGUUGCAAUCGGCCACUGGUUCAGAAAGCCAUGCACUGCACCGUGUACCAUGGACAAGAUGGCCUUGGUGGUGCCUCAGAAAAGUUCCCACUUCCCACCGAUGACCUGGAGCCUCCAAAGGAACACGCUUCGGUCGCCAUGGUCAACAUGGUGCAAAAGCACCCAGGCGCCUUGACACUCGUGGCCUUAGGUCCCCUCACCAACGUGGCUCUUGCCCAGCGACUUGACUCCACAUUCCUCAGCAACAUUAAAGAGCUGGUCAUCAUGGGCGGAACAUAUGAAGGUAGAGGAAAUGAGACACCCACCGGAGAGUACAACUUCACCUGUGACCCUGAAGCUGCUAGUGUUGUUCUCAGUGAGGCUGAAUGCAAGACAAGGAUUGUGACCUACGAACCUUGCCAAGAGCAUGUAUUGGACUGGGACUGGUUUGAAAACUGGGUUGGCGGUCCAUCGCCGACGGCACAGCUGGUGCGAGCCAUGACCGAGGAUCCAGCUCAGCGGCAACGAGAGGUGCUCCAGCGGCAAGGGUUCAUGUCGUGCGACCUCAUCGCCAUGGCGGCGGUGAUCGAACCUUCAGUUGUCACUUUGUGCGAACGUCACCCCGCAUGGGUGGAGCUUCAUGGUGCCACGACACGUGGAAUGCUUGUUGUUGACCGAAGGCCAAGCAUUAAAUGGCACCACGGAAAGCCCCCUCAUGUGGAAUUCCUGCUGCGCUUCAACAUGGAAGGCCUCAAGAAAUUGUACUCGCGAAUGCUUAACUGAGGAAACACUGCCGCACCACCACUGCACAGCAAGGCCUACCAAAAUGAACUUACAAGGUUACAUGCAACCAACUCGACGUGAUUUUGAAAGGAUCACUCCGCAAGUGUUUUAGCCACCAUCACCUGCCGCGACAUGCUACCAUUUGUGUUUUUAUGAUUGCAUACAGGGAAUUGCGCUUGUUAUUAGGAUUAAUGCUAUUGUGGUUCGCUUUUAAGAACUUUUUGCCGUCUUGUUCGCCGCCUUUUCUAUGUGCGGAACUCCCAUUUAUCGAUACUAAGACAGAUACAGUGUCUAAGAUGGGAAACUUGGUAUUUCAAAGUCACAUUAUACAUUGCCAAGAUCUUUAUGAUGUAGUCAUUCAAAGAAUACAAAACAAAAUAGCUGGCUUCAUGCCUGGUAACUGUAAUCUUUCUUUCUCUUGCUUUUAAUUGUUGCAAUGCUGACGUUUGGUUCUACGUUCAGACUGUUUCAGCGCCAUAUUAAUUCUGCAAUGUUGUCAUGUAUUCAUUCAGUCAUCAGAAUGAUGUCCAGUUCUGCAUAAUUCGGAUGGACAGUGGAGCUGGCCUUCACAUCUAGAUCUAAGCAGACAAGUGCUUUUGAAUUUCUCCCCUUAUCAAAAUAACUACAGUUGCAGUGGCCAAAAAUCCAACCUGCAACCACAUACUCAACAGCAGAAAGCUUAUUUCCAGUCUAAUUCAAUGUAAAUAAUCUGAAAAGAAAAAAAAAAUCUGCCAUAAAAAGUGUAAUACCAAGUAUGUUCAUGCUUAUGGAAAAUUAUCAGCAUGUACACAAGCAGCAAGUAAAAGGUCAUCACAACUACAGCUUAUGACUAGCUUCUACAGUGGCUUUGGCUGGUUGGUUGUAUGACUGGCUGGUUGUAUACAUAUCCAAAGCAGAAUAUCUUUCAGCUUAUAAAAGAAAGAAAAAGAAGAUGCCAGAGGGGCAGACAGACAAGCAAAAGUGGUCUAUAGCCUUUAGUACAGUUGUGUUGCUCAUAAAUUUUGGCCAACAAAUGUGUGCACAACUAAGCAGCAUGCGUAAUAUAGCUGUAAGCAAAAGGUCACCACAAUUUACGUGCGCUACAAUGAUAUGAUGCAUAGGGUUUUGUGGUGCAAGGGCCAAUAAAGGCCAAAGAAUGCCAGGUAUGCACUACAAUGACAGUAUUAACACAAGGAACACAACUAAGGCUUGUGACCAUACACUAACCGCACGAAGAAAGUAUUGUUGGUUAAUGCAGUGUAAUGCUGAGCUCGUUUUAUGAAAAGGGAGAUUAGACGAAGUUGUGGAAGCCACAAUAUAAGGCUUGCUUAGUUAGUAGGUUGUUGCAAGUUGUUAUAUAAUACUUUAAAUACUCUUUUAAAGCUGGACUGCAGACCAUGAGGGCUGCCAUUAUGCGACGCUCUGGACUAAAUCUAGCAAAACUUGGAGGACAACUAAUAAUGCAAAAGGAUAGAAAGUUGGGCGAGUUGGUACGGUAACAUGACCUUGAAUUGUAGCAUGAAGUGACACAGACAGAGACUAGAAGCAGACAGGACAACUAAUAAACUUUAAUAUAAGCUAGACUGUGCAGCAAUUAUAGAAGCAUGAAGAGAUGGUUCUAACGUUAAUAGGCAUGAAGACUGCAGUAUGGGGUAAAGCUAACUGGCAUAGCUGAUAUCCUAGUUGAGGAGCAAGAAGUAAAGCUGGGCAGGUCAUGUAAUGGCAUUGAGCUUAUAAUUAACUGGUGGUCUGCUAGAUAACAAAAUGGAAGCCAAGGAAAGGGAAGCGGCAGUCAAAGAAGGCUCAGGGUUAGGUGGUGUAAUGAGAUUAGUAAAUUCGUGGGUAUGAGACGGAGUCAGCUAGCACAAAAAAGGUUUAAUCUGUUAUUGAUAGGAGAGUCCUCCAUCCUGCAGUGGGCAUAAAACAGGCUAAUGAUCACAAUGAAAUUUGAGCAGACGAGCAUUUUCGCAAGUCCCUCCUUCAGCAGAAUACGGCUACUCCAAUUUCAAGAAAUGUGGAAUGAAAGGUUGUGCAUACUGCGUGCGAUGUGGGGACGUAUGUGUAUGACUGAAGAGUUCAAUAUGAGACGUAGUGGAUUGAGUGUGAUUAUGAGCAGUUGGAUCUGAAUUUUUUGACAGAAACAGGUUGUUUUAAAAAUCUCAAACAUUCGGACAUCAGUAUGUAAAAGCACUUCGCAAUUACUUCUUUGAGAUAAGCACACAACAGGCCACAGUAUUGGAUGGAAAACUGGGCAUGUUGGUUUAGCAUUUUCAUAGGUGAAAGGUGCGUAGACGACACGCAUAACAUUACCGCCACCAAAAGAGCUGCCCUACUUGAACACAAGCGCACACCGAUGAACUGUGAAAAAGCUCCGUGUAUAAAUAGUGCCAGUUUCUUGGAAUAAAUCUUGUUGGAAGGGGCGCCUUACGUGUGCAUCUCUCUUAUGUGUGUCGUCUGCGCGCCUUUCACCUCUGAGGUCACAGUAAGCGUGCCGCAGGUCACAGGGGGCAGCUAUGUUGCACAUUCACUAUUGUGCACACUAAGCAGCCGCUUGCAUAUAGAAUAAAGAUUGCUUGCAAUGUUGUCUCUAUUACAUAUUUUGUUGCCGUGCGUGCAUCCCCAAGGGCAAAUGUUUAGCACUUUCAAAUGUUUUACAGCACUAACUGUUUUAGGCACUUGAAAAUGUGCAUUUGUGGCGUUGCCAGUGCUUAUUUUGAGUACAAAAACAGCCCGACUUGUAGUCGCCGCUUCUGUGUAUCAGUGCCACAGCCAACGUGCUGCCGUGGCUGGUAUUUCUUGAAUGAUCUUAAGACCUGCAAAGCAGCUUGAGCAUUGAGAGCAAUAGUGCUGAUGGUGCAUUAGGGAGCUGGCUGGAUCUGGAUAAUGCAACAGAUCUAGUAUUCCAGUGCUAUUCCUUUUCAUGCUUCAAGGGUGCAAGCGGAACUCCACCUACAUUAUGACCAAGAUCAGCCGUUCAUGAGCAGUGGCUGAUAAGGAAUCCUUACAUUAUUGCAGCCCAGUAAAACGCUAGCUUAAUUUAGCACAUGUGCGGCACGUGCACACAGAGCUGCUUUUCUUCUUUGUGAUUCAGUUCUGCAUGUUGGCAUCAAAGCAUUUCUUUGGAGCAGUCAAGUACUUUAAAUCCACAACUAGUUAAUUUUAUUACAAAAUUUCCAGACCAUAGAGCAAUGAAUAAGCCCCUGACACUUUGGAGUAUAUGUAACUCACUGAAUCUACUUUAUAAUUGGCAAAACUCGCAAUGCUUGAUUAUUCUUUUGUAUUCUGACACAUGAAGGUUUAAUGUAAGAAUUCACGAAGUCAUUCAAAUCUAUGAGGAUGACGCUUAGGCAAAUGAACAGCUCCAGCGCACACGGGAACUAGUACAAGGUUUCCCUUUAAGUGUUGUAGGUAUGAAACGCUGUGCCCGACUUGGGCUGUGGUCCAGAUUCAGGCCAGCCAACUGUUUCUGGUUUCUUGCUCAGGGCAAGCCUGGAGUAACGUGUCGGAUAGGCAUGGUACAUGCAAAGCCAGAGUUCAUAUGGAUAGUAAUGUGUUGAUUGUUCACGCGUCACUGCAAAUGCUUACUAGAACCAGCACUGUGUGGGAACACAGAAAGUAUUGUACUGUGCAUGGUGUUGCUUUAGAUGGUGCUGGCAUAGCUUCUCACUUUACAUGAAAAAUUCAGUUUUUUGUAGGUGUUCAUUGUUUGAAAGCCAGCAAAGGGUUACACUGUUUGAAAUGUUGAAGGCCACAAUUUACACAAAAGGGGCCGAAUGAAAUGCAGUUGUUCGAACACAUGCCCACUCACUUGUUGACAUGUCACUAUGGCUUUCACUCAUUACUGUGCGGUAUUGCCAUUUUUCUUAAUUGUCUCCGAGCAGGAAACACUCAUUGCUUUUUUUUCCAUAUAAAUAUAGAUUGAUGAAGUCGUGCAGCUUCAUCAGUAGUUAUGUUUCUGUACUCUGUGCAACAGCUUCAUUGAAGGGUGCACUGAAUUGGAAGAGAGGCAAGCACAUCGCCUCCAGUUUUAUAGCGUCAGAAACGCAUGCGCUAAGUGGCACGUUCACAUCACCAACUUUUGUUGCCCUUUCAAUCAGUUUGGUAUUGCAGAGAAGGUGACACCUCCUGCAGUGUGUCCCAGGUGCUGUGUCUCAGUCUUUGAACAUGCACCGACUAGUCCAAAUUACCUACUUGUGAAAGUGCUCCUGACCAGGCCACAUUUGAAAAUUUUGGUUAUAUGCUCAAGGGGUCGUUCAGGGUGCAAUCUACCGCAAUAAUUUCGAAAAAUGUUUCACUAGUAGUCGAGGUAGCAGUAUACUAAAUUAAAUGCCAUCAAGCAGUGAUGCAAAUAAGUAAGCUACCUUCCUUGCGCAAAUGCUCUCUCCACUUGCCUCGAACGGUGUCUGCAAGUGAUGUUUCUCUCCUGACCUCCUCCUCCCACAUUGGAGCCAAAGGCCCACCUCCUUUUUCAUCACGACUCCUGCGGCUCUGGCAUUCUUUCUAUCCUGUCCCUUCUUUUAUUGCUGUGCGGUGCAUUUCUAGGGGUGAUGCUGCAUUCUCUGCAUUUCACAAAAAUCCCAGAGAUGUUCUUGCUACUGCUGGCUGUUGGUGCUUUGCAGGCACCAUUGUGUGUUACAUAACUCGCUGCCCCAGUGGCUCCUUCAAGGAAAAGAGCAUAUGGGCUUUUGUAUGAUUUUUCAACUGUUUUUCCAGCGCACACCAUUGUAAUACUUUGCAGACACGACCGUCACUGUGUGAUCUAUGCAUUGCAAUUGUAUCGGUGCUCAAAUCUGGUGAGCGGCACUACGUGUGACCAAUAUUUACUGUUCUACAUUAGUAUUUUUACAUUGAGCGCUCAUCGGAAUGCAGCUGCUGCGGUUUAGAAUUCAAUCGGUGACUGCAUUCAGCACCAGAAUGCCAUAGCCAACAAGCCAUGCACGAGGACAAACGAGAAUUAUUCGAAUGUAGGUCGAGUCCUACUUUUAAGAGGCAACAUGAAAAUUUCAAGAAGACAUACUUUUAUUUUAGUGCAUAUUAAUAAGUGAAGUUCGCAGCUCAGCGUCAAAAAUAGGAGGGGAAGUGAAUCUAGGAAGUGAAUCUAGAAACUAUGCGAAAACAUAUUGAAGUUACCAAGGGCCACGAAAAUACGCUUGUUGAAAUUUAUGGCACGUCUGCCUAGCUGCGCUUUUAUCACUAAAAAAAAAAAGAAGAAAAAAAAACUUUCUUUGAUCCCGCUAUCCCAUUUGUAUGUAACCUAUCGGUCACAAUCAUAGAUAGACUGCAAGACCACUGUACAAUUAACGAGAAAGUGUUGGCUAGUUGGUUAUGCAUUUUCAGGUAGAAAUAGCAUUAGACAAGGAUGUAGUGAAGGAACAUAAGAGGACGAUACACUGAGCUUGUGUAUCCUCUUUUUAUGUGCCUUUACUAAGAGCUUUACUCGUCUUUAGCGAUGCUUCUGCUUGACUUUGAGCAAAGUUUGCAGAAGAAAAGGUUGACCUAAUUUCAAAAAACUAUUUUUUAGAAGCCAGCUACCACAUGUAAUAAUCUGUCAGGGUAAUGACGACACAGUGCUCAGGGAAAGUGGACAGCAAGUUGGAUCAUGUGUGGCAUGAAAUGAAAAAAUAAUUAUUUACAUGUGUGUAUUAAGCUGUAAGCUUUUGACUUCUACUGUUCAGUAUAAAAGUACUUUUGAAAUAUGUAUGCAUAUUAUAUACAAGUGGACUAAUAGCUACAAUGCUUUACUGGCAUAGCCAGCAUUCUGUGAACAUGGUGUUCGACAAAUGCCAAUGCUAUUCUUAUGUGGAUACUUUUGACAUUGGUGAAGGUCUGAGACUGCUUCAUAUGCUUGCCUGCUCUUGUAAAAGGAAGGCAGCAAUUAUUUUGAUAUCUUCUUUCAACCUUUGUAUUGUCUUUAUUUACAUAGCUUUGGUAAAGGUUGCAUGUGCCAAUAAAAACAUUAGUAAAACUUC